GAGCUGCCCAGGGGUGCAACAUCUGCAAAGAAGCAGCUGCAGGAUGAAAAGAUGGCAGCGCGGCUGCUGGCACCACCGGGCCCCGAGAGUUUUAAACCCUUCACUCCGGAGUCUCUGGCCAACAUCGAGAAGCACAUCGCGGAGCUGAAGAAGAAGCAGCGCUCCAAGCAGGACAGCAGCCACCGCGAUGACGACGAGGACAGCAAACCAAAACCAAACAGUGACCUUGAGGCGGGCAAGAAUUUGCCUUUCAUCUACGGGGACAUCCCUAAAGGGCUGGUUGCUGUGCCACUGGAGGACUUUGACCCUUAUUAUAUGACCCAGAAAACCUUUGUAGUACUAAACAGAGGGAAAACACUCUUCCGAUUUAGUGCCACACCUGCCUUGUACAUUUUAAGUCCUUUUAAUCUGUUUAGAAGAAUAGCUAUUAAAAUUUUGAUACAUUCAGUAUUUAGCAUGAUCAUUAUGUGCACUAUUUUGACCAACUGUGUAUUCAUGACUUUUAGUAACCCUCCGGAAUGGUCAAAGAAUGUGGAGUACACAUUCACCGGGAUUUACACGUUUGAAUCACUCGUGAAAAUCAUCGCCAGAGGUUUCUGUAUAGACGGCUUCACCUUCCUGCGGGAUCCCUGGAACUGGCUGGAUUUCAGCGUCAUCAUGAUGGCAUAUGUCACAGAGUUUGUGGACCUUGGGAAUGUCUCAGCAUUGAGAACUUUCAGAGUUCUCCGAGCUUUGAAAACUAUCUCUGUAAUUCCAGGCCUGAAGACCAUCGUGGGUGCCCUGAUCCAGUCUGUGAAGAAGCUGUCGGACGUGAUGAUCCUGACAGUUUUCUGUCUCAGUGUCUUCGCCCUCAUCGGGCUCCAGCUCUUCAUGGGCAAUUUAAGGAACAAAUGUGUGAUUUGGCCAAUUAAUGUCAACGAGACCUUUCUGGAUAACGGCUCCAGGGGCUUUGACUGGGAGGAAUACACCAAUAAUAUGUCAAAUUUUUACAUCAUUCCUGGCGCCCCUGACCCUUUGCUCUGUGGUAACAGCUCAGAUGCAGGGCAAUGCCCGGAGGGAUACACGUGCAUGAAGGCGGGACGGAACCCCAACUACGGCUACACCAGCUUCGACACCUUCAGCUGGGCUUUCCUGGCUUUAUUUCGCCUUAUGACUCAGGACUUCUGGGAAAACUUGUAUCAGUUAACCUUACGAGCGGCAGGAAAAACCUACAUGAUCUUCUUUGUGCUGGUGAUCUUCGUGGGAUCCUUCUACCUGGUGAACCUGAUUCUGGCCGUGGUGGCCAUGGCCUACGAGGAGCAGAACCAGGCCACCCUGGAGGAGGCAGAGCAGAAGGAGGCAGAAUUCAAGGCCAUGCUGGAGCAGUUGAAAAAGCAACAGGAAGAAGCACAGGCUGCUGCCAUGGUCACCUCGGCAGGGACGGUCUCUGAGGACGCCGUGGAAGAUGAUGGAGGGGGGAGGAUGUCUCGGAGCUCCUCGGAGAUUUCCAAGCUCAGUUCCAAGAGUGCCAAGGAGCGCCGGAACAGGAGGAAGAAGAGGAAGGACAGGGAGCUGUCGGAAGGAGACGAGAAGUGUGACAACGAGAAGGUGUUCAAGUCGGAGUCGGAGGAUGGCAUGAGGAGGAAAGCGUUCAGGCUGCCGGAUAACAGGCUGGGAAGGAAGUUCUCCAUCAUGAACCAGUCUCUCCUCAGCAUCCCGGGCUCCCCUUUCCUCUCCCGCCACAACAGCAAGAGCAGCAUCUUCAGCUACAAGGGCCGCUUCCGCGACCCGGUGUCGGAGAACGAGUUUGCGGACGACGAGCACAGCACGGUGGAGGAGAGCGAGGGCAGGAGGGACUCGCUCUUCAUCCCCAUCCGCGGCCGCGACCGGCGCAGCAGCUACAGCGGCUACAGCGGCUACAGCCAGGGCAGCCGCUCCUCGCGCAUCUUCCCCACGCUGCGCCGCAGCGUCAAGAGGAACAGCACCGUGGACUGCAACGGCGUCGUCUCGCUCAUCGGCGGGCCGCCCUCCAGCAUGCCCGGGGGUCGCAUCCUGCCCGAGGGCACCACCGAAAUCGAAAUCAGGAAGAAGCCUGGCGGGUCUCUCUUGGUCUCCAUGGAUCAGGUGAACGCGUCCUACGGAAGGAAGGAUCGCACCAACAGCGUCAUGACCGGGCUGACCAACACCCUCGUUGAGGAGCUGGAGGAGUCCCAGAGGAAGUGUCCCCCUUGCUGGUACAAAUUCGCCNAGCUGAGUCUGGCGGAUGUGGAAGGGCUCUCCGUGCUGCGAUCUUUCCGAUUGCUGAGAGUCUUCAAACUGGCCAAAUCCUGGCCCACUCUGAACAUGCUGAUAAAAAUCAUUGGUAACUCAGUGGGUGCCUUGGGGAAUUUGACCUUGGUGCUGGCCAUCAUCGUGUUCAUCUUCGCCGUGGUGGGGAUGCAGCUCUUCGGCAAAAGCUACAAGGAGUGUGUCUGCAAGAUCAAUCCGGAGUGUGAGCUACCCCGCUGGCACAUGCACGAUUUCUUCCACUCCUUCCUUAUUGUCUUCCGUGUGUUGUGUGGGGAGUGGAUUGAGACCAUGUGGGAUUGUAUGGAAGUGGCGGGCCAGGCCAUGUGCUUGAUUGUCUUCAUGAUGGUCAUGGUCAUCGGAAACUUAGUGGUGCUGAACCUGUUCUUGGCCUUGCUGCUGAGCUCCUUCAGCGCCGACAACCUGGCGGCCACGGACGACGACGGCGAGAUGAACAACCUGCAGAUCUCGGUGAUCCGCAUCAAGAAGGGCAUCGCCUGGACCAAGGCCAAGGUGCGCGAGUUCAUGCAGGUGCACUUCAAGCAGCGGGAGGCGGACGAGGUGAAGCCCCUGGACGAGCUGUACGACAAGAAGGUGAACUGCAUCGCCAACCACACCGGCGCCGACAUCAACAGGGACAUCGACUUCCAGAAGAACGGCAACGGCACCACCAGCGGCAUCGGCAGCAGCGUGGAGAAGUACAUCAUCGACGAGGACCACAUGUCCUUCAUCAACAACCCCAACCUGACCGUCCGCGUGCCCAUCGCCGUGGGCGAGUCCGACUUCGAGAACCUCAACACGGAGGAUUUCAGCAGCGACACGGACCCCGACGGCAGCAAGGAGAAACUGGACGAGAGCAGCUCCUCUGAGGGCAGCACCAUCGAUAUCAAGCCUGAGGUGGAGGAAGUUCCCGUGGAGGCACCGGAGGAGUACCUGGACCCCGAUGCCUGCUUCACUGAGGGGUGCAUGCAGCGCUGCAAGUGCUGCCAGGUGAACAUCGAGGAAGGGCUGGGAAAGUCGUGGUGGACCUUGAGGAAAACUUGUUUCCUAAUCGUGGAGCACAACUGGUUCGAGACCUUCAUCAUCUUCAUGAUCCUCCUGAGCAGCGGGGCUUUGGCUUUCGAGGAUAUUUACAUCGAGCAGAGGAAAACCAUCCGGACCAUCCUGGAGUACGCAGACAAAGUCUUCACCUACAUUUUCAUCCUGGAGAUGCUGCUCAAGUGGUGCGCCUACGGCUUCGUCAAGUUCUUCACCAACGCCUGGUGCUGGCUGGAUUUCCUCAUCGUGGCUGUCUCUUUAGUCAGCCUUAUAGCUAAUGCCCUGGGCUACUCGGAACUAGGUGCCAUAAAAUCCCUUAGGACCCUAAGAGCCUUGAGGCCUUUAAGAGCGUUAUCCCGAUUUGAGGGGAUGAGGGUGGUUGUCAACGCCUUGGUUGGCGCUAUCCCUUCCAUUAUGAAUGUCUUGUUGGUCUGCCUUAUCUUCUGGCUGAUUUUCAGCAUUAUGGGGGUUAACCUGUUUGCCGGGAAAUAUCAUUACUGCUUUAAUGAAACAGCUGAGCAUCGCUUUGAGAUAGAUGUUGUUAACAACAAGACUGACUGCGAAGCUCUGAUGCCUCCCAACUCCACGGAGAUCCGCUGGAAGAAUGUGAAAAUUAACUUUGACAACGUUGGGGCGGGAUACCUGGCUCUGCUGCAGGUGGCGACAUUCAAGGGCUGGAUGGACAUCAUGUAUGCAGCUGUUGAUUCCAGAAAGCAAGAAGAACAACCCAAAUACGAGGACAACAUUUACAUGUACAUUUACUUCGUCAUCUUCAUCAUCUUCGGUUCCUUUUUCACCCUCAACUUGUUCAUCGGCGUCAUCAUCGACAACUUCAAUCAACAAAAGAAAAAGUUUGGAGGUCAAGACAUUUUCAUGACAGAAGAACAAAAGAAAUACUACAAUGCCAUGAAAAAACUGGGCUCCAAGAAGCCUCAAAAACCCAUUCCAAGACCUCUGAACCGCAUCCAGGGCGCCGUCUUCGACUUCGUCACGCAGCAAGCCUUCGACAUCGUCAUCAUGAUGCUCAUCUGCCUCAACAUGGUGACCAUGAUGGUGGAGACGGACACGCAGAGCAAGCAGAUGGAGGACAUCCUCUACUGGAUCAACUUCGUCUUCGUCAUCUUCUUCACCUGCGAGUGCGUGCUCAAGAUGUUCGCCCUGCGCCACUACUACUUCACCAUCGGCUGGAACAUCUUCGACUUCGUGGUGGUGAUUCUGUCCAUCGUGGGGAUGUUCCUGGCUGAGAUCAUCGAGAAGUACUUCGUGUCCCCCACCCUGUUCCGAGUCAUCCGCCUGGCUCGCAUCGGCCGCAUCCUGCGCCUGAUCAAGGGAGCCAAGGGCAUCCGCACGCUGCUUUUUGCCUUAAUGAUGUCCCUGCCCGCCUUGUUCAACAUCGGCCUCCUGCUCUUCCUGGUCAUGUUCAUCUUCUCCAUCUUCGGCAUGUCCAACUUCGCCUACGUCAAGCACGAGGCCGGCAUCGACGACAUGUUCAACUUCGAGACCUUCGGCAACAGCAUGAUCUGCUUGUUCCAGAUCACCACCUCGGCGGGCUGGGACGGGCUCCUGCUGCCCAUCCUCAACCGCCCGCCCGACUGCGACCUGGACAAGGAGCACCCGGGCAGCGGCUUCAAGGGGGACUGCGGGAACCCCUCGGUGGGGAUAUUCUUCUUCGUCAGUUACAUCAUCAUCUCCUUCCUCAUCGUGGUCAACAUGUACAUCGCCAUCAUCCUGGAGAACUUCAGCGUGGCCACGGAGGAGAGCGCCGACCCGCUCAGCGAGGACGACUUCGAGACGUUCUACGAGAUCUGGGAGAAGUUCGACCCCGACGCCACGCAGUUCAUCGAGUACAGCAAGCUGGCGGAUUUCGCCGACGCCCUGGAGCACCCGCUGCGCGUCCCCAAGCCCAACACCAUCGAACUGAUCGCCAUGGACCUGCCGAUGGUGAGCGGGGACAGGAUCCACUGCUUGGACAUCCUGUUUGCCUUCACCAAACGCGUGCUGGGGGACAGCGGGGAGCUGGAUAUCCUGAGGCAGCAGAUGGAGGAGAGGUUCGUGGCUUCCAACCCUUCCAAAGUGUCUUACGAGCCCAUCACCACCACGCUGCGGCGCAAGCAGGAGGAGGUGUCGGCCGUGGUGAUCCAGAGGGCCUACAGGGCUCGUUUGGCGCGACGAGGAUUCAUCAGCCGCAGGCCCGCCGCCCCCAAACUGGAAAACGGGGGAGCAAACAGGGAGAAAAAGGAAGGAACCCCGUCCACGGCGUCGCUGCCCUCCUACGACAGCGUCACCAAACCCGAGAAGGAGAAACAGCAGCGGGCGGAGGAGGGGAGGAGAGAAAAGGCAAAGAGACAAAAAGACAGGGAACACAAGUGUUGAGACACACAAAAAAAAUAAAAAAUACACACACACACACAUACACACACACACAGGGGGAGAGAGGAGAGAGGA